UCACCAGUUAUCUGUGGGUGCACUGACGAAGGCCAGGAUGUGGAAGGUCGUCGUACUUUUUCUCGCCGCUGUUUAUGCUGUUGGRUUAGGUAUUCCAGGGGGGAUUAGCGACACAGAUGCCAAUGACAAAAAUGUCCAAGAGGCUCUGAAAUUCGCCGUCGACCAACACAACGAUGUUAACAACGUCACGCACAUCCGCAAAGUGACUGAUGUGAUCAAAGCUCAAAUUCAGGUUGUUGCAGGCCUUUUGUACCACCUGAAUGUGAAUCUGGCAAAUACCAACUGCUCAAGUGACACCAAGGAAGUGAAUGAACUGUGUGACAUUCAAACAGACCCAAAGCUGGCUCAGUCAUUCCAGUGCAAUUUUACUGUGUGGAGUCGUGCAUGGCUGAAUGACACCAGGCUGACAAAACACACAUGUGUGGAAAAUAAAGUGAACCUGGUUAAAAUAGAAAACUCGGAGUAACUCGGAGUGAAAUGUGUUUUCCUUUAAAUGAACAAGAAAAAGUACCAAGAGUCAAUUACUGUACAUAAUUCUGUUACUUAUUAUUUGAUUUUGCAAAAACAAAAUGUCAAAUAAAAUCGCUUUUAAAUGUU